CAGGCCCUGCCCCAAUGAGAAGGUGUAACCCCAAGUGACCCGCCCCCAAUGGGCGGGGCGUGACCUCAAUGGCCCACCCCCAAUGAGAAGGGGUUAACCCCAGUGACUCUAUCACCAUAAGUGGUUUGACCCCUGUGGCCCUGCCCCCAAUGGGAGGAGCAUGACUCCAGUGUCCCCGCCCCCAAUGAGAAGGGGUGUAGCCCCCAGUGGCCACGCCCACAUAAUGUUUAAUCCCCAGUGGCCCCGCCCACCACUGACCCUUUUCCCUAACUCUACCCAGUGCCUGACCUUCCCUGCAGCCCCUGCCCCAUGGGGCUGCCCCCAGCGCUCCUCCUCCUGCUCUGCCUCUGCCCUGCCCCCCAGGGCCUGGGCCCCCCAGACCCAGGGCUGCUGGCCCAGGGCCGUGCCCGGCUGCGGGAGGCCCAGAUGCUGGCCCAGCACCCGCAGCUGGGGGCCUGCUGGGCGGGGGCCCUGGGCAGGCUGGACAUGGGCUGUCAGCAGCUGGGCGAGGAGCAACAGAGCCGCAUCGCCCUGGCCUUCGCCCACUGCCACCUGCAGAGGUCGGGCCGGCCCUUCCCGCGCUGCGAGGCCGACAGCUCCGUCCGGGCCUGCACCCAGCACAUGGACCCGGUGGCCUUCGGGGUCUACACUGAGUUCUUCACCCACGCCCACAGCAUCUGCUACCUCCUGCGCAGCGAGGCCUGGCAGCGGCGAGCCGACAGCACCGUGCACAGGCUGGUAGCCAGUUCGGAGGGCGUAGCCGAGCGGCUGGAAGAGACCAACCAGCUGGCGGAGCAGGCAGCCCAGGCGCAAGAGGCCACCCUGCGAUCCCAAGAGGAAAUCCUCCGCCAUGGGGAGCUGCUGAGACAGACCCUGCAGGACUCCUCCAGGGGUGUCCGGGAGGCUUUUCAGGACAUGCAGGAGGUGGCCGGCCGGCAACGCCUGGCCUUUGCCGAGAUCGUGAACCGCCUCAGCUUCCUGCAUCACUUCCUGGUGGGGGAGUCCCAAGCCCUGGGCUCCUUCCUCUACCACCUGCUGACCGGCAGCACCGCCCUGCUGCUCACCUCCAGCCAGCGCACCGCUGGGGCCAGGCUGGUCCUGCUGGGCCUGGUUGGGGGCAACGUCUACCUGGAGCGUGUGGUCAGUGGACUCGUCUUGGAGAACACGGAGGCUGGGUCAGACCCAACGGUACCGGCCAGCACCGCCCCGCUCCCCCCGGACACCCUCUGCUGGGGAGACCCCUCCUUCAGACACCCCCCACCCACACACCCCCGGGCUCAGCAGUCACUGGGUCUCUAGCCAGGGUGGGGAGAUUGGAUUCCUGCUCCUUGGGGAUCUGCCAUCCCAGCUCUGGUGGUGGGACGUGGGCGUGGCUGGGCCCCUGGACGUCUGGGUUCUCUC